UUAAUAAUUAACUGGUUAAUUAUGGCUGCCGAAGAAGUCAGUGGAAAUAUUGUUGAUACUCAGUCUCGUGGACGAGAGAAUGACAUUGGGACGUUAGAUGAACCUGUAUACGUGACAAUAAAAAGAGAUUUAAAGGCCAUCCUUACCAAAUGUUGGUAUGUACUCCUACCAGGCCGCAACAAGGCACUGCUCCACGAUUGGGACUUAUGGGGCCCUUUAUUGCUGUGCCUUCUACUUGGAUUAUUACUGCAUGGGGCGGGGCAUGGAAGUAACGAGGAGCCCACUAUACAUUUUGUACAUGUGUUUGUCAUGGUUUGGGGCGGGGCUGCAGUCGUAACCAUCAAUGCUCAGUUGCUGAGGGGAAAAGUUUCAUUCUUCCAGAGUGUCUGUACAUUAGGAUACUGUCUCCUCCCACUGACUCUUGCUGUCUUGCUCUCUCGUCUUCUGUUAACACUUCCUGUUCCGCCUUCCGCCAUUUUUAUAAUUAGACUUGUUAUUGUGGGCGUGGCUUUGUUUUGGUCUGUUUGGGGAUCUCUUGGUUUCUUGUCGGAGUACCUUCCAGCCAACAGGAAAGCUCUUGUAAUAUAUCCAGUACUUCUCUUUUACUUUGCCAUAAGCUGUCUUAUACUAGCACAAAAUGACAGUCUAAUAUGAUAGCAAUACAUUAUAAUUAUAAUAUUUACAAUUAUUAUUAUUAUUAUAGCUGAUAAUGGCUGAUAUUAAUUGUGACUUAUUAUUUAAUUCUUACAUGCAUUUACAUGUACAUGCUACUCUCUCUAUGACUCAAAAAUCCAAUUAUUGUUAUUUUGAUGGGCACCAUUAAUCCAGUUAUAUUUAUUAUCAUUAUUAUUAUUAUUAUUAUUAUUAUUAUUAUCAUUAUUAUUAUUAUUAUUAUUAUUAUUAUUAUACAAUACAACACACAGACAUACACAAUAAAAUACACUAAGGACAAAACAAGAAAUAAGAGAAACUUUAUUAUUAUUAUUAUCAUUAUUAUUAUUAUUAUUAUUGUUGUUGUUCUUGUAUUCCAUACUGAAAAAAAGAUACCAUGUAUAUUGGCACAACUCCAAUUUUCAUUGCA